CAGUCACUUGCACAGAAGGCUUUAUCAUGCGGGGCGUAUUUACGUCUGAUGGUUUUUCAACACGACUUGAUAUCUGUGGGACAUCACCAUCUCGACGCUGAAGACAACGGGCAUAGAAGACAUCUGGCUACUACAAAAGUCAACUAUGCAAUUAACCGAAGAUGUGGUGCCGGCUGUCAGCUGCCUGGUGGUCGUGCUCGCCCUGCCGCUCAACCUCGUGGCCAUCUACAUCCUCUGUGCGUGCAUCAAGAGGAAGUCCUCCACCACCAUGCUGAUGAUCAACCUGGCCGUAGCAGAUGUCCUCUUCGUCUGCUGCCUAUUCUUCAUCAUCCCGUACUACUUUAUGGCAAACGUGUGGGUCUUCGGACUUUUCCUCUGCCACUUCGUCUACACGGUCUUCUUUACGACCACCUACGUGAGCACCCUGUCCAUGAUGGCCAUCUCUGUGGACCGCUACCUCGCCAUCCUGUACCCCAUCAAGUCCAAGGUGUGGAGGAACAAGGUGUGGGGCUGCAUGGCGAGUGCCAUCAUCUGGGUGGUGGUAUUAAUCCACAUUUUACCCAUUAAUCUGGUCAACUUGAUGAAUAUCGACCCAGCUCACAACACGAGUGAAGCUGCCUCCUCCUGCUAUGAUAACUUCAGCCAAGAUGACUUGCAUUUCAUAGAGGGUCUUCGGUUAGUGCUGUGCAUAGUCUUGUACGUGAUUCCGCUGUUCGUCACAUCCUACUGCUACGCCUCCAUCAUGAAAGUGCUCCUCUCCAAAAAUGUUCUCAGCAUGCGGAAAGAAAAGAAGACACGUGCCAUUAAGCUGAUCAUAAUUACGAUGCUCAUUUAUCUGUUUUGUUUUGGUUGUUACAAUGCUACGCAUGUCAUCGGUUAUGUUAGCCACUCUAACAUAUGGUGGCGCCCGCUGUCACUUGUGUUCAACACCUUCAACUGCAUGCUGGACCCUCUCAUCUACUACUUUGCCUCAUUCACCUGCCAGGAGGUCCUGAAACGAUACUUCAGCCAAAAAAGACGGCUCAGCAAUGGCAAUGAAGCACCUCUGGAUACCUAGCAUCGAAAGCAAAACGGAUGUGCUUGACUUUUCAAGAAAAAUAUGACAUCUUAAACACUUUCUUUUCAUUUUAUCAACUGCAGAGCCCCUAUCCAUUUCAUUGAACUAAUGGUAUAUGCACGUUUCUUUGCAGGACCCUAUGAAUAUGAACGUACAAGAACGUGUGAUGGUAGUAACAUUUGCAAUAAGAUGGGGUUCCUUGUCAUUACGCAAACAUCGUUUAGAAGUAGCUGAAUGAACGUUUUCCAAAUCACUUGAUGAGACGCAGUGGCAUCAGAUCCCUGGACAGCUCCAUCUCCGGAUUUAACGCCUUUGGAUUCCUUUGCACGGGGCUUUAUCAAGUCAGAGGUGGUAUCAAACACGAGCUAGAGAUCUGCAAGGUUUAGGAUAUCAUACCUAUAUAUUGGCGGCAGUUCCAAAAAAAGAACUCCACAGAUACUGCAAAAUGCGUUCCGCAAUGCGGCUGACAUAUUUGAACUGUGCCCAGAUAUUGACGGUGCUGAUGCUUGAGUGUUAAGUUUGGUACCAGUGCCAAUGCUGUGUGCGGAGGUGAGACCGAAUACGUCUAGUCGAGACCUUCCCUUCCCCACCAGUGACGUGGGCAUUCCAACGUCCCCGUAGCGAGUGUGUCCAUCGCCGGUGUUCAGCCUUUCCGAGACUCAUCCCUCUCUCGCUUCCAUACUGGCAUCACGCACACGCCCUUCACCCGCGUAAACAUUCCGGGCUGGGCCCGACCGGAUUACGUGGGUCACCCGGCCACCGGGCGCUUGUCCGCGAACACCACCUUCAGGACGAACUCUGAUUUGUAUUAUUGCGUAAUUUACCCUAAAUUGCUUUGCUUUCAAUGAAAGUAGAGGGGCGUUUCAUGGAAGCCCUGUAUUUUGUAUGCUCAAGGUGUCCGCAGAAUCGGUCACUUGCUUCAGCGAACGUACUCUUGAGUCUUGAGGCCUACGGUGGAAUGCAAAAUGCAUGCGCUUAAAUUAGAUGGAGACGCAGUAUGUUACAGGCAUCAAUGGGAUAGGUAAUUUGCUUUAAACAAAUAAAUAAUAAAUUUCUUCCCCCUGAUGACUCCCCUCGUGGCGUCUUAACUGACCAAAACAAGCCUCUCACCAGUUGAAAUUAUGACAAAGUAUCCAUGUUUGUACUGAGGACACGUGACAUGGCAUAAUUGUCAAUCUAUGUAGAGUAUUACAUGCACCUGUUUGUUGGAGGUUGAAUCUACCAUAUGUGGGUUUCAGCUUUGGGGGUUUCAUGAGUACAAAUCAUCUUUUAUAUUUUUUGACUUGGUUAGUAAUGGUUACUCCAUUACGAUAUAAAUCUGCUCAGUUUAAAGCGUACAUUUCACGCAUUUGGCAUAGAAAUUGUGCUUCCAAUAUCUCACACAGCAACGAUGAUCACGCAGAAUUGGUACUUUUCUAAUCUUUCAGAGCAACUAGAGGCUGCUCAUCACCCACUUCUUGAAAUCGUUCAUCUCCUUCUCUGUUGUUGGUAUUGUUAGAUCCAAAUGUGCCAAGUCUAUGUCGACUACGUCUUCCAAUCUGCUCUGAGCUCUUCCUAUUUUCCAUCGUGUCGGUUUCUGUUGCAUCAGCUCUCACGAUGUCCUCAAUCAAACUUGAGUAGAUAUCCGAAUUAUUGUGACCUCUUGUCUCAUCCUUUACCUGUCACCUACCUUUGUUUGCCCUUGGAUUCGUAUAAUCUUAUGAAGGCAACACUGCUCGCAUCCCGCCAUUGAUCAGUCUCACACCACCAGCUGGACAAACUCAUACAUAUUGUCCAUCUUCUCAAUUUGAAGUCUGUGAAAGUCUUACACAAGCCGACAUGUAUUUGUAUUCUCUUGUAUGUGUUGUUAUUUCAUAGAAGCCAAAAGUAACUAUAUAGUUUUGCCAAUAUUUUAACAAAUGUAUAAAUGAUAUAUCAUUUUGUUCCCAGUCCACCUUUAAUAAGUGCACGAGGUAUAUAUAUUGUGAUGCGUUUCCAGUUGUCUCCCAAACAAAUGUCUUAAUUUUUUCAGCGAACUUGUUGUUGAUGAAUUUUGUUUUUCUCAUCUUGAUCCGAACUUUAAAACAAUUACCUUCAUCUUGAUUUGAAGUUUUGGUGACUGCAGGAAUCCAUACUCUUUGGUCCUUUCGGUAAAGUCACAUAGGUGACUUUACCGAAAGGUAGGUGACUUUACCUUCAAUAAUAUAAAACAUUUACCUGUAAUUCAUUGUCCAUUUGUUAUUGUAAUCAUUGUAUCAUCAGCAACACAGAGAUGUAUAUAUGGUUAUCCAUUAAUGUUUACGCUCUUAUUUCCCCAAUUCGAUGUAUUGAAUAAAACAUUUUCUGA